AAUAAAAACAAGUGAGCCAGUAGCCUACCUGUGGCAGCCAUAUGCCUAAUAGCUCCACCCGGCAUGUUUCACAGAUGAGUGCUGCUGCUAUGCCAGCACAGCCCGCUCCGAGGGAUCCGGAGGAAGACAUGGAGGCGGAGGGAGACCCGGAGGGGCCAGAGGCCAAUGGCGAGCUGGAUGAGGAGAGAGAGAGGGAGGGACGAGAGGACAUGAUGGAGGAGAGCUGCGAGGACCAUGAAAGUGAAAGGGGGAGCGACUUGGAAGAGAGCGAGGCAGAAGAGGAAGAGGAGGAGGAAGAGGAGGAGAGUUCUGAGAUGGAUGAUGAAGACUGUGAGAGGAGGCGAUUGGAGUGUCUGGAUGAGAUGUCCGACCUCGAGAAGCAGUUUCUGGAGCUGAAAGACAAGCUCUUCCGGGAGCGGCUGAACCAGGUGAAGGUGAAGCUGGACGAGGUGAUGCUGGGACAGGCGGGGGAGUACCGGGACCCGCUGGGCACUCUGCAGCGCAACAUGCAGCUACGCACCGAAGUGGCCGGGGUGUACAGAGAACUGUGUCUGCAGGUGGUCAAGCACAAGUACGAGUGUGAGAUUCAGGGAGCCCUGCAGCACCUGGAGAGUGAGCGGGUACUGCUGUUUGAUGCCAUGAAGACAGAGCUACUGGACAAAAUCCACAGACUGGAGGAGGACAGGCAGAGCACAGACAUCACGUCAGAGUGGUGGAGUGAUGACAUGAGAGGGAAAAAAUGUAAGCGGAGAAGUCAACCCUCGCGCCCUGACCGGAGGAAGAAAGCAGCAUUGGUGUCUGGACCCUACAUAGUGUACAUGUUGAGAGACAUUGAUAUUUUGGAAGACUGGACAGCCAUAAAGAAGGCUAAAGCCGCACUUUUGCCCUUGAAGAAGAAAUCAGACAGCCCCUCAGACAGGGUGCAGUACAGCGCGCGCUGCGAGGGGGGCGCUCUCUUCUACGAGGGAGAGAAGUACUGCAAGGGAAACACCAUCCUGCUGGAGAUCAAAGACGACAACGCCUCACAGGCUGGGCCACAGAGGAAACGGCCAGAGGCACCAUUUUAUACAGCUUCCCUGUAGGUGCUGACCUCCUUGCAAGUGAAUGACCGCGACAUACAUUCAAAAUGUCACGUUAUCAAGUGGCACUCCAGUGUUCCUCAACCGGCCGUGGAAAACGCGCUGUGCGGUUUCCUUUGAUAAACAGAAAGUAUACUCUGGUGAAUUGAGGUAUGUCACACCGUAGACGUCACUCUGGCAGGUCUGGGCUUAGGGAACAUCAUUCUGUCAUGACAUCACAGGCCCUCCGCGGAUGACAAGUAAACAACGGAAAGCUGAUUCGAACCUGCAGUCCUGGUUAUUACCCGCAGCCACUUGUGAAAUAUUGAAUCCCGCACACUUUCAUUUUCCCGCCCCAGAGUCUGGCCUGUUCUAAUCCUGUCAUCUUUUCUUUCUCUCUCACUCCUCCACUUCUCUCUCUCUCUCUUUCAGGGCUGUAAUCACCGCCGUGAGCACGGGGGAGGUGUGGCUCAGACGUCCGGACGGGAGCAAAACCAAAAUCUACGUCUCGCAGCUGCAGAAAGGCAAAUACACCAUCUGCAAAGUGUAGGAGUGGGGCGCUGGUGGGCACCAAAACAUUUCCCCUCAACUCUCGCUCAAGACUUGAGUCUUCGUCUUUUUUCAUCGUUUAUUCCCGAACACGAUUUGCACUUAAAUCAGUACCACAUUGACAAUUAACAGUAAUUUUGCUUCGCUUUAAAAGGACUGUUGACUGUUAUAUUUUAACUAUAAUUAUUUAUAUUGUUUGUAAAACUCUAGACUGGCAAGGAAUGUUGCUUUUUAACAAACUAUUUAAGAUGAUUUCAAAUAACAGUGUAUUUAUGAUUGCGAAAUGUUAUUGACAAAACUAAAUCUUUUAUGGAA